AUGAUGGCCGCGGCGGCCGACCUGGAGUCCUCGCUGGAGCUGAGCCUGACGGGCAGCGGCGCGCUCCCCGGCGGGCUGCCCCCCGCGCGCUCCCGCAUCUUCAAGAUCAUCGUCAUCGGGGACUCCAACGUGGGGAAGACGUGCCUCACCUACCGCUUCUGCGCCGGCCGCUUCCCCCAGCGCACCGAGGCCACCAUCGGCGUCGACUUCCGCGAGCGCGCCGUCACCAUCGACGGCGAGCGCAUCAAGAUCCAGCUAUGGGAUACGGCAGGCCAGGAGCGCUUCAGAAAGAGCAUGGUGCAGCACUAUUACAGGAACGUACAUGCUGUUGUGUUUGUAUAUGAUAUGACAAACAUUGCCAGUUUUCACAGUCUGCCGUCAUGGAUAGAGGAAUGCAAACAACACCUUCUUGCCAAUGAUAUACCACGGAUUCUUGUUGGAAAUAAAUGUGACCUGAGAAGUGCUAUUCAGGUACCUACGGACUUGGCCCAGAAGUUUGCUGAUACUCACAGUAUGCCAUUAUUUGAAACCUCUGCCAAAAACCCCAAUGACAAUGACCACGUGGAGGCCAUAUUUAUGACACUGGCUCACAAGCUUAAAAGUCACAAGCCAUUAAUGCUUAGUCAACCCCCAGAUCGCGAUGAAAUACAUAUAAAGCCUGAACCAAAACCUGCCAUGACCUGCUGGUGUUAAGUCAUACUAUUGUCAGGUAUCACCUUGUCUUGUUUGCAAAUGCUUCAAAAUUACGAUCUUGGCAAAGUUCCAGGUUUUGGUAGCAAUUAUAGCGAAUCUCUUUGGCACUUUAAUGUGUUGGUUUUGUUUUUUUUCUGGUGUAGAUGUGCCCAUCUCAUGUUCUUGCACUUUGUAAUUGUACUUUCUGAAUUACUGAAGUUUCACUAUAAAUAUACGGGAAAGUAAACUUUCAAGCGAAGUUUUGACAAAGCAAUUCUACUUGAGCUCUUGCUGCCUGAGAUUGUUUUCAUCACUUGUGGUAAGGUUAGAAAUAGUAAGCCAGUUUACUAACAUUUUUGGUUGCUACUUGCAUUGGAAUAACGUAUGAGAAAAAGUGUCUUGUGACAGCCAGAUAGCUUGAUUUUUGGGUCAGCGAGUGGGGAGAUUUUUGGCAUAUGAAGGAAUAUUUGGUGACUGCUAGCAAAUUGCUAAGCAAGUACCUUUUUAUUUUACAAACAAAAAACAGGACUGUCAGAUAAAGUUUGGGCUGUCAGUGUAGGUGCAAACUGCUGGCUUUGGCCUGUCAUUCCACUGUAAACUUCGUCGGUUUCUUCAUGGCAAUGGUAAGAGAAUUGACAAACUUGUC